GAGGGCCGUUGUGGUGUCGAGCCCCGGGGCCGAGCCGGGGGUGGGGGCUCGGAGGCCAGGCUUCCGCAGCGGUGGGCAAGCGUCCGUGCGGCCUGGUUCGGGCCAUGUCCGCGUGAGGACGCCGCUGCUGCUGUCCGCGUCCCACCCCGGCCCCGGCCCGGCCUGCUGCGCACCAUGGGCUCGAUCCUGAGCCGCCGCAUUGCUGGUGUGGAGGACAUUGACAUCCAGGCGAACUCGGCCUAUCGCUACCCACCGAAGUCCGGAAACUACUUUGCUUCGCACUUUUUCAUGGGAGGUGAGAAAUUUGACACCCCCCACCCUGAAGGUUACCUCUUUGGAGAGAACAUGGAUCUGAACUUCCUGGGCAAUCGCCCAGUCCAGUUUCCCUACGUCACCCCUGCCCCCCAUGAGCCGGUGAAGACGCUGAGGAGCCUGGUGAAUAUCCGAAAGGACUCACUCCGGCUCGUGAGGUACAAAGAUGGUGCCGACAGCCCCACCGAGGACAGCGAGAAGCCCCGCGUCCUCUACAGCCUGGAGUUCACCUUUGAUGCUGAUGCCCGGGUGGCCAUCACCAUCUACUGCCAGGCGGCGGAGGAGUUUCUGAACGGGAUGGCUGUGUACAGUCCCAAGAGUCCCGCCCUGCAGUCCGAGACGGUCCACUAUAAGAGGGGGGUGAGCCAGCAGUUCUCCCUGCCCUCCUUCAAGAUCGACUUCUCAGAGUGGAAGGAUGAUGAGUUGAACUUUGACCUAGACCGGGGAGUGUUUCCAGUGGUCAUCCAGGCAGUGGUGGAUGAAGGAGAUGUUGUGGAGGUGACUGGUCAUGCCCACGUGCUCUUGGCCGCCUUCGAAAAGCAUGUCGAUGGCAGCUUCUCUGUGAAGCCGUUAAAGCAGAAGCAAAUUGUGGACCGGGUCAGCUACCUGCUGCAGGAGAUCUAUGGUAUCGAGAACAAGAACAACCAGGAGACAAAGCCCUCAGACGAGGAGAACAGUGACAACAGCAACGAGUGCGUGGUGUGCCUGUCGGACCUGCGGGACACGCUGAUCCUGCCUUGCCGCCACCUGUGCCUGUGCAACUCCUGCGCUGACACGCUGCGCUACCAGGCCAGCAACUGCCCCAUCUGCCGGCUGCCUUUCCGGGCCCUUCUGCAGAUCCGGGCAGUGAGGAAGAAGCCAGGCGCCCUGUCCCCUGUCUCCUUUAGCCCUGUUCUGGCCCAGAGUAUGGACCACGAUGAGCACUCUUGUCCCUUUAAAAAAUCAAAGUCGCACCCCGCCUCACUGGCCAGCAAGAAACCUAAAAGGGAAACUAGCUCUGACAGCAUCCCCCCUGGCUAUGAGCCCAUCUCCCUGCUUGAGGCACUCAACGGCCUUCGAGCUGUCUCCCCAGCCAUCCCUUCGGCCCCCCUUUAUGAAGAGAUCACCUACUCCGGCGUCUCAGACGGCCUGUCCCAGGCCAGCUGUCCUCUUGCUGGGCUUGAUCGCAUCAUGGAGAGCAGCCACCAGAAGGCCAAGCCUCGGAGCAAGUCCCCCGACAGCACUCUGCGGUCCCCAUCAUCCCCCAUCCAUGAAGAGGAUGAGGAGAAGCUCUCCCAGGUCUCGGAUGCCCCUCCCCUGCCAAGCGGGGCCGGGCUGGUGCUGAGCAGCUCCCCAGAGAGUUUCCUCACAGAGGAGAUUGACGAGACUUCGUCACUUAAGCAAGGGAGCCGAGUGCCCUCCAUUGAGAACGUCCUGCAAGAUGGCCGCCCCGAGUCCUGUGGCCGCAGCCAGCCUGCCGACAUCUACCUACCAGCCCGGGGGCCCGACUCCUGCUCUGUUGGUAUAGAGGAGUAAGCUGGAUGGUCCACCUCCAUGAAGACGCCCUGAAGCCUCCUCACCACUGGUCCCACCUGGCCUCCAUUUGGUGGCCCAGUCUUAACCCUGAGGCCACGAUGUUGACCCCACUCUGAGAUCCUGGCCAGGCUGGCAGCAUGGAGCCCUGAGCUCCCCAGACUUUGCCGAUGGGCCACCCGGACUCCAGUGUGACCCCUGGCCUCCUGUCUGCGUGCCCUUCGUAGCCACGACUCCAAGGGGCAGUGCAGCCCUUGAUUAAAGAGCACAUUGGACUGUCCCCUCUGAUGAACCCCCUUUUCUAUGAUCACUGUAUUUGUAAAUGAUACAAGAUGAAGGACAGCCCCUUUCAGCUGUGGGCACUGAGCUCUGGCGUUUCCCCAAAUGCCCUUUUGGCUGAACAGCCGAGGCUGGGGGCUGGCCACCCAUGUGUUCCUGGAUUGGCUUUGCCCAGCCCCUCAGCUGAUAGGGAGCUGACACCCUGAAAACUCAGUGAACUGGUAGGAGAUUUAUUGGUGGGUGAAGUGCUGCCUUCACAGGUGGUAUUAUUGGGGGAUUUGUCGGGAGGAAAGGAAGUGGGGUCUGAGUGACGGUCAAUGAAGGAAACAGUGCCUGUCCCGUAGCCCCAUGUGCGUAUCCUGGCCGGCGCUGCUGCUUUGUGCUGUUUCUUCUUUCCUGCUCAGGCUCUCUGGUGCAGGGUGGAUUCCCACAGCUCACAGCCUUUCCCCACGGCUCUGUCCUGGGCAGCCCAGGCAUCCACAUGUGAAGCCAGGGUCUGGGUCUGGGUCUGGGUCUGCCCAGGGACAGAGGUGCAGGUGCACAGCCUGUUGGCAACAGUUGGUCUAGUGGCCCCUCUCCAAGCCCUACACCUUCUCAGAGGUGGCUUCGCCCACAUUCUCAGUCUCCCUCCAGGUGCAGAGGCUUCCGCUCAGCCCGAAAAGCUGCCUUUCACCAGACCAGGGAGGAACCUGAGCAACUUCUCUGCUCCCUCUUUGCCAUUUAAACAUCACUUUGUGUUUCUCUUUGAUUUGUUCUGUCUGGGGCUCCUGUAGAGACCUGCCUGGGGGAUGAGGCUCCCAUCUGAGGUGAUCUCAUCUUUUUUAUGAACAACAAAACGGCAGAGGGGGUGCUCAGCCCUUCCUGGACAACAAAACGGCAGAGGGAGUGCCCCGCCCUGGUGCAGCUGGGCACGAGCUGCCCCAGCAGGGACCUUGGCUUGGUGGGUGGGUGGAUCUUUGUAGCUCCCCAUGGGGGCUGAUGUUUUUGGGUCUGAGGUUGGGGAGCCAGCUUUAUGAGGAGCUGCCUUGGGAAAAAGUCAUUCUGGGGCGGCCGGCAGCCAUCCAUAGAGCAUCUGCACUGUGGGGGGGUUUGUCCAGUGGGUCUCCUUUCUCCAGUUGGGCCUGUGAGCAGAGUGCUUCCUUAGGCACAGCUCUUGGUCAUGCUCAGGGCACCUGCCUCAGCUGCUUGGCUCUCUGCCUCACCUCCCUCCCGCCCACCGUAUGCUCACGGGUGCACACAUACACAUACACAUGCACACAUACAUAAGCUGGCCAUCUCCUUCCCUUCGCCCCUGUCUCCUGCCAACACCCUGGCCUCUUGCCCUCGGUAUUGGUGCCAGUACUCUGAAGGACGGGAUGCAGACUGCCCUGUCUUGGACUUAUACGUGCUAUCAUUUGAUGUAUUCUGAUUGGCUAGUUUUUGUUCGUUUUUACUGUAUAUUUAUAGUAAUAAAAUCAUGCAGCAAUA